GGUGGCGUGAUUUUGUGGCAUCCUCGUGAAGUUAGGCAGCAAAACCGCGAGACAGCGCGCGUGAGUGAGUUGUGUACAGGUGUCAGACCAGAUCACCAAACGGACAGGAUGGCUAAUAGGAAUCCGGCCAAACUUAUGCUUGCGGUAGUGGUGCUAUCCUGCGUACUUCAAAUGCUGCAAUGUGGAGUAGUCGAUAGGCAACCUCGAGCGUAUAAACAGUACAACACCGAACCACAAAAGAGACCGUUCUGCAACGCGUUUACCGGAUGUGGUAAAAAACGAGCAACUGCCUCAAGUCCACCAACAGCUGCAGCAGCAGCCGCAGCAGCCGCUAUGCUCCAACGGCAUCUACAAACCAUGGACGCAAACCGGAAGGAUCGUCUAGGUGGUGAUUUCGACCCGAACGAGGAAUCCAUCAGCAGCCUGCUCGAUCUCAACACGGAACCGGCCGUCGAGGACUUGCUGCGACAGAUCAUGUCCGAGGCAAAGCUGUGGGAAGCCAUCCAGGAGGCGAACCGUGAGAUCUACCUACAAAAAUCGGGCCUCAAGGAGCAGCGCAAUGACUUCCCGCUGACCUUCAGCACGCAGUAA